GUUAUAGUAAGCUAUAAAAAAUUCAUUCAAGAAUUGGCCCUACAUCAAAACAGUAUUAUAUAUAUUAUUUGGUCAUUUCAAAAUGCGGUUUUAUCUCCUUUACAAAAAUCAUGGCCUCUACGAUCCAGUAUUAGACGAUACGGAGUCGUAUUAUGUACCGAUAACAGAAGAAGAUUUACAAACGACUAAUGUUACAGGAGAAACGUAUACUAUUAAUUAUGCAGAUAGACAAGAUGUGGAACAAAGACAUUUUGCUAACGGUACGAAAUCUGAUACAACUUACGAAGAUCAAAUAAAAUCUAACCUAAAAGAUGCAUUCCUACAUAUCGAUAUUGAUGAUCUACCUCCUUCGGCCCGAUUCAAACUUCCCAUAUCUGAUGAAUACGAUCCUGAAGGCAAAAAGAUGUCGAAAUUACAGAGAUUGUAUCAAAAUAUAUUAAAUAUUGAUCUUAAAAAAGUAUCGGAACAAAUGAGGCUAGGAGGAAAUGAAACUGCCAGAUAUGCGGAAGAGAUAAGAUCGGACAUAAAUAAGGAAAUCGCUAAAGAAAUAUUGAGACAAAAUGAAAUGACCAAAAAAGAAUCUAUAUAUACGGAAAAUAAUAAACAAGAUUGGGAUACAGUAAAAGAAACAGCCUCGAAAAUUGUAGAAAAAAGUAUCAAUAAGGCUCUGACAAUCGCAGAGACGAAACUAAAAUCUGAAUUCGAAAAUACUGAAUAUAAAAUACAUAAGGAAUCUAAUGUCGAAAAGAUAGAAAACGAAUCAAACUUAGUCAAAGACGUGCGAAUAAAAGAUAUCAAGGAAAAAAAAAGAACAUCAUUCGAUAAAAAACAGAAAACGGUAAGCUUCAGUGAAGAUGUAAUCAAAGAAGUCAAGAGUUUAACCGAAGAAAUAGAAAAUUACGAAACGAUGAACGUGGAAAGUGAAUCUAGAUUAACAGCUGAAAAGAGAAAAUUAUUAACAAGACAAGAUAUCGCAGAAGCUAUAAAACCGGGCACCGUUCGUGAUAGAACUGAAAGAUUUAAGAAAUCCAAUAUAAUAAAAGACAUUAAUAAGUCUGAUAGUAAAUAUGAAAAAACCGAUAUCAAAGAAACGGAACAGCUAUCGUCAACGAUUAAACAACAUGGCACGAGGAUAUCUAAUAUCAAAAUAGCGCAACAAAGAGUAUUCAACAUGGGAGCACAAACAAUACUAAAUAUUCGUCGCGCAACAUAUCCUUCCAUUGGAAACGUAUUAUUAAAAGCAUUUCUCGCACAUGUUACUAAAGUUAUGAUAAGAUUGUCUAAAUCUGUGACAUUUAAGCCUCUUCCAUAUGUUACUAAAAGCGACGAUAAACAAUUUAAUGAACAAAGGAAAGAUAUAAGAGAAAAUGUUUUUUCGAAAGCGUUAAAAGAUGGAGAACUAAUUAUAAAACAUAAACUAUCUGGAGCUAAAAUAGCUCAAAUAGAAGGAAUGAAACCCGAGGAACUAACCAAAAAAAUGAAUAUUGUCAUAUUGGAACUUCAACGAAAGUCGGGAAUUGAGGAACAAAUUGAUAAAAGUGAUUCUGUUAGAAUGGAAUUCGAUACAGAUAAUUUCGAUAAAAAAGAAUUUGUUAAAAUGGGUUUCAAUAAGGAAGGUUCCGAUCAACAAGACUUUAUUAAAAUGGAAUUCGAUAAAAAGGUAUUUGAUAAAAUGAGUUCCGAUAAAAAUGAAUUUGAUAAAAUGAGUUUUGAUAAAAACGAAUUUGAUAAAAUGAGUUUUGAUAAAAACGAAUUUGAUAAAAUGGGCUUUGAUAAAAAAGAGUUUCAACAAUAUGACACAUCUAGAAGUAAAGGUGACGCAGCAGACGACGCUCCGGGUACAUAUUACCAAAGCUAUACUACACGUUGUGAUAACAAACAAAACAAUUACCAGACGUACGAGACAACUAAGACUCAAUCAAUGGAAAUUAGAGAAAUAAAAACUGAAAAACAAUGUUCAGAAUUCAAAUCGACGAAAAUUGAUUCAAACAUUCGUAAUGAAGAGCAAAAUGAAGUAAGAUACGAAGACGGCAAUAUAAUUUACAUAGCUAUAGUAGAAGCUCAUGUUUAUACAAACAAAGAUGCUAUUUUCGAAGAGCAUUUAAGACGAAUGUCGGAGAGUAAAAAGCUAAUUGAAAAAACGGAAUUAAGUAAACUUAGCGAUUUAUUGGAAACGACUGAUAAAAUGAAUAUUUAUGUUGCAUUUGAUGAAGGUCGUAAGCUAUCGUUCGCAAGCGAUACUAUGAUACCUACUGAAGAAGAUUCGUCAUUGAGGGAAAUUGAAUCACAACCAGUAAAAUAUAUAAGAAAUGCAACUGAUUUCGAGCAUGUAGCAAAAAAACUUGCAGUUCAAAAUAUAACGCAAAUUAUCGAACCUCUACUUCAUAUGGAAAAUAAACAAUACACUAGUAGUAAACAGGCUCACGCGGUAUUUGAAAUUCCGGUUAUAUCGGUUACUGAAACGACAGAUGUCUCAGCGGAAGAAAAACAAGUUUAUUUCCAGGCCCAAGUUUUCGUAACUCAAAAAUCGUACGUGUCAGUUGAAGAACCUCGUAAACCAGUUGUUGAAAUAACAGAAAUACCAGUCGACGAAGAAGAAAGUACCGUUCUUGAAGAAUCAAAAGUUAUCGUGGAGUUACCGGAAACGGCAAUCGAAACACCAGUGAAGUCCAUUCCUGAAAUUUCGGAAGUAAUAACAAAAGAUGACGAAGUAGUUGAGAUUGUCGUAUCUGAACCGAAAACAUUUGAAGUGCAGCCUAUUAUAGAUAUUACAGCAAAAGCCGUCGCGGUUACUUCGGAAGUUCUUCCUGAUGAAGCCAACUUAGAACUUUUUGAUGUUCUUAAGACUGCUGGCAAAACUUCAAAUACUGUUGUAGAAAAAACAUCAAUGUCUGUAGCAGAAACUACAACAACGUCUCCGGAACGUAGCAGUGAAUUUUUAGGUAUUACUGAAACGCGUAAAGAAACCGCUACAAUGAAUAUCAAUCAAAAUAUAGCUACUGAAAUUUCACAUGUUUCAUUUGAAGAACCAAGUAACGAAAGUAUUAUGGCACAAAAACCUCAGUUUGAACAAGCGAAAGUAGCCUUAACAACUAACGUUGCAGCCGAAGUAUUGGAAAUAUCUGUUCUUGAAAAAGAACCAGAAACAUUUGACAUACCUAAAAUCAAAGACAAGAAAUCGGAUUCGUUAAUGGAAAAUUUUGUUUUUUCUGUUGCUGAAACUACACAGGAAAUUCCUAUCGAACCAAGAAAUGAACCAGUUGGAGAAAUUAAAACUACAAAUCAAAAAGCAAGUUUUCAAAUCCAAGAAUUUCAUGCAACUGAAGCAAGUAUUGUAUACCCAUUAGAACCGAAAUACGAAAAUUUAGAAAUAAAGGAUAUAGCAAAAAUGCAACCCCUACCUUUAGUAGAACAAACGAACUAUACAGUAGCCGAAACAUUAUCUGUAUUACCAGAAGAGACAAGUAAAGAAUUGGAAGUAGCAAUAGCAUCAAAUCAACAUGCUAAUAUUGGUAUAGAGGAGUUUAAAACUGCUGAAAUUAUAACUGUGUCCACAGAAGAACCUGUACAUGAAAAUCUUGAUAUUCCCAAAAUAGUUGAGAAGUUACCACAGUCUUCAUUGGAAAGUUGUGUCUUAACUCUCGCUGAAGCACAGACUGUAAUACCUGAAGGGCCUAAAGACGAAUAUUUCGAAGUUCUACCUGUAACCACGAAGCAAACAAAAGUAUUAAUAGAAUCACCGUCAUUAACAAUUGCCGAGUCACUGGAUAUUUUACCUCAAGGACCCAAAGAAGGUGUAUUUGACGUGACUGAGAUUUCACAAGAACAGCCUCAUGUUGAUUUAGAUGGUUUAAAGCCUCUUAGCACAUCCACUGUAUUUGUCGAAGAACAACACGAAGAGUUUCAAGUACCACAAGUUGAUACUAGGGUCCCACAGGCUUUAAUGGAAAAUCCGAUUUUGUCGGUUCCUAUUUCGCUAGCUAUUUUUCCUGAAGGCCCUAAAGAUGCACCUUUUGAAAUUGAUAAAAUAACAAUUUUAGAACCUAAUGUUGAUUUUGAAGAAUUCAAAGCAGCUGCUGUCACCAUUGUAGCUCCUGAAGAGCCCAAACAAGAAAUCUUAGAGAUACCAAAAGUUGAGGGAAAAGUGCCACUAUCUGAAAUCGAAAGCCCUCGACAUGCUCUUGCUGAAACGUUAGCAAUAAUACCAGAAGGUCCAAAAGCUGCAAGUCUCGAAAUAAAUAAAUUAUCAGAAGAAAAAAUCAAAGUUAAUUUUAAUGAAUUACAUUCAUUAGAAACCAUUAGUACGUCGCUAGGAGAGUCUGUUAAGGAAGAUAUAGUAAUUCAAAACAUAAUUGAAAAACAGCCUCAAACUAAAUUACAGGAAGUGAACUUAAAUAUUGCUGAAACGUUUACUAUAAUACCAGAAGAACCAAUAGAUCAAACUUUUGCUGUAAAUAAAACAAUCAAUCAAGAAGCGCACAUUAAUAUAGAAGAAUUAAAAGCUGCAGAAAGCAAAAUCAUUAUGUUUGAAGAGACCAUUAAUGAAGAUUUAGUGUUACCACAUAUAAAAAAAUCUCUUGAAAAGCAAGUAAAUGUAUCAUUGGUUGAAUCGACUGCUACUAUGGUUGCAGAACAAACAGCUGUUGCAGUAGCUACGGAAGAAUCAUUCAAAUAUUUGAAUAAAGAACCAGUGACAGCAAAAACGCGCGACGUAAAGCUUGCAAUAGUCGAUGUGUCAGAUGAUUCAAGAAACUUCGAAGACGUUGACUUGAAUUACACUGUCGAGUUACCUAAAGAACAUGAUGAUAAAGUUAAUGAAGUAUUUGCUGAAGUUACCAUUACUAAACAGAAAACGCCACCCUUAGAUGUGUACGCGGAAUAUGAAUUUAACGAAAAGAAAACUGAAUUAGAUUCCAACGUAUACAAAUCACUGAAAAUUUUAAAAAGAAAAAUAUUCAAUCAAUCUAUGGACGAGAGUCUUAGUUACACGGCACUUAUAACAGAUGAAGAAUUUAAUAAAAAAGUCGAUGAAGAGCUUCUAAAAAUAAUAUCAUCAACAAGCGAAUCGUCAGAAUUUAUUAAAAGUGGUGAUAUAAGUACGUUUUCGUUUUCGUUAGCAUCAUCAGCACUAACUCCUCUAAUUGAAGAAUACAUGUUCAGAAUUAGAGGUCCGUCGUUGAAGAGAUUUCAAUACAUAGAAGAUGUUUUUGAAGAAGCAACAUUCAGGCUAAAGUCUAAAUUUCAAUCAUCAACCGUUGAAAACUUCGAUGCAAGUCUAACAUUGAUAUUACAGGAUAUAGCAAUAUCACAGCUUCAUUCAGAAAUCACAGAUGUUGGUAUAGAAACAAUGGAAUAUAAAUCCGAAACAGAUAUAAGUAAACAAUAUUUCGAAUCUCAGAAAACGUCCAAAUCUUUAGAAACGAGCGUUCAAACUGAACAAAAAAGUUUACAUACAGAUUUAGCUAUUGCAAGCGCAGCGACGAAACAAACGAUCGAAUCUGGCAUAGAUGUAACCGUGUUAGCGAUUGAAGAAGAACCCAUUAUUGAAGCAAGCGGACGUUCAAGGACAGUUCGAAAGACGAAAUCCAGUAAGAAACCAUCAGCGGUAAAAGCAGAAGCACUACAAGCUGAAUCUAAAGCUAGUACAGCUAGUAGAGUUGAAAUUUCAGACGCGAGACACAUUGAAGCCAUGGAAAGCGAAGCUUAUUUACAUUCGCAAUCGCUUCAAGCAAGUAUGGAAGUCAGUAUGGAGAACAAUCUCAGUAUGGAAGUAAAUCAAAAACAAGAAUCACAUACACAGAUGUCUAAAAGAAAACAUGUCGAAGCGAGCAAAGCGACCGCGUUGUCUACAGAAGCGGAUUACGAUCGUGAAUCGAUGAUGUCAAUCGAAUCCGUUUCGAAAUCGAAAUCGUUGGCAUCUGAUGGGGGUCUGUCAAUCAAAACUGAUUUAACUGAUGAAUCAUAUGAAAUCACAAAUGGUCUGAUAUCACCACCAUUAACUCCACCGACACCAUUGACUGAUGAAUAUAUAUUUAGACUCGAAAUCCCACUACCGGAAGAAUGUGAAUUCGUACCCAGGGAUUGUUCUUAUAGCCCUGAAAGUAUAGAAGAUGAAAUUAUACUAAGAAACGGUUUAAUUCCUCACAUUAUAACCAGAAUAGAACGGAUCAUUUACAGCCCCCCUUUACCUACACCUCCAGGUUCACCAGAACGGCAAAUUAUACCGAUUUAUAGGAAACCAGCAUUAAAAGGGGGUUCGGACGAGAAAACAAUCAACGUAAGCUUUUUUAAAUUCCUCAGUUGAUACGAUAUUUAUACAAAAGUAAAUUUCAAAUCUAGAUUUAGUAUACGAAUUAAAGUUAAGUAUAAUCUAAUAAGAAUCAAUAUUAAUAUUAGUGUUAAUGAAAAAAAUUAUUCCAUGAUGCAAUAAUCGGUUGGGGAUGUAAAGAAAUCUGAACCUCAUGAGAUGCUGGCAGAUGUGUCAGAUAGAAAUUGUACUGAAGAACUUAUCAUUAAUGAAAACCAAUCAAUAAAUAUAGAAGGGGGUAGGGCACCCAGCAUACGGGUCAAUUUCACGCCCAAGGCGCGCAAAUAUUUGAUUCACAUAGUGCUAAAAACGCAUUUGAGUUACAUAACUACUGAUAUUCUUGACAAAUUUAAAACGUCAUUUGUGCAAUCGUGAUACAAAGGAAAUUGAAUAUAUUUAACAUGUUAAAUAUACAAUUUAUUGUGGACAAUAACAUUGCUAUUGAAGACUU